AUGCUACAAGAGAAAGGGCGUGAUAUAGCUAAGAAGAUGGGCGAGGAAGGGGCAUGCCAGUCUCUGAUGGCUGGCUCCACAGGUUCAAGUGUUAUUCAACCCAUGGAUAAGGGAGUCAUUCAGAAUUUUAAGAUGAACUAUCGUAAGAGUUUCCUUCGCAAACUUGUUAAUUAUGAGGACGGCACAAUCCCCGAGUUCCAAAAACAGUUUAAUGUUAAGGAUGCGAUAUUCAUGGCUUUACUUGCUUGGCUAGACGUUAAAAGGCAAACACUGAUGCGAUGUUGGCGCAAAUUGUACCCUUUGAUGAUGUGUGAUGAUGAGGAUGAUGAGGAGUUUGAAGGGUUUGUAGGUGGCAUGAAAAAUUUGGUGGUGAGCGAGCUGAGGGAAAUGGGGGGAAAUGUGCAACUUAAAGUGACAGAUGAAGCGUUACAGGAAUGGGUGGACGUGGACAAAAAUCAGGCCGUAACAUUCACUCUCACAGACGAGGAACUUAUCAACGAUGUAGUAGAAGAUCAUUUAGAGAAAAUUAGUGAUGAUAGUGAUGAUGAUGAUGAUGAUAAUGAGCCUAAAGUAACUUGGGAACAGGCUGCGAAAUACAUAGCUGGCUUUGUCAGUAUUCACGUGAUCCGGUGA